AUUCUGACCAGCUAAAAGCACAGGGAGAAUCAUCUCUAACAUGAGGAGAUAUUUGGGGCUAAAAAGAUUUUUUUUGCCUUGGUCGAGGAGGGACACCACGCAGAAUGAAUCCAGUCCACUUAUACCAAAGGCAAGCUCUGCAAAAGAGGACGACGAGGAACAGGACAAUGUUACCACUGAAAGUCGCCAAGUUGGACCAGACAAUCGACAGGACGACAGCCGUGUAUUAGUAAGCAACCAACCCCACUACAGAUAUUCCUUUACGGACUAUUUCCUCAAAUAUUUCCUGUUCCUAUGUAAUCUGGUGUUCACAGUUCUGGGUCUGGUGGUUCUUGGCCUGGGGAUGUGGGGCCUCAUCAGCAAAGAGUCGUUUGCUCAGGAGAAGAUCGGCAGUAUCGGCACUGACCCAAUGCUGAUUCUUGUGUCUCUCGGCUUUGUGCUAACCCUGCUCUGCCUGUCAGGCUGUUUGGGCGCCUUGAGAGAGAACUGCUCAUUACUGAAGCUGUUCUCUGCCACGGUGCUGGCACUCAUCACAGCCCAGGUGCUGGCUGGCAUUGUCGCCUACAGUCUACAAGGUCAGGUUGGAAGCUACCUGCGCUCAGGGAUGUUAGCUGCCAUGGUGCACUACCAGGAUGACCUGGAUCUGAGGUUCAUCGCGGACGAGAUUCAGACAAAUCUUCAAUGCUGUGGGGCAGAUAACUACCGUGACUGGGAACUCAACAUAUAUUACAACUGCUCAGCUCCAGGAGUGCUGGCCUGUGGCGUCCCUGCGACAUGCUGUGUGGAUCCUUUGGAGAAUGGCACAGUGUGGAACUCUCAGUGUGGUUUAGGAGCCCAGCUGCUGGAUGAGUUCAGUGCUCAGAGUGUGAUCUUCCUGGGCGGCUGUCUGGGGGGAAUGUCGCGCUGGAUUGAGCAGCACGAGGGCCUGAUAGGAACAGUUGGAAUAGUUGUACUAGGAGUCCAGUUUCUGACUCUGUUUAUCUCUACACGACUGUUAGAAAGUAUCCAUUGGCAUAAAAUGUACAUGUAAUAUGAUAACUGUACGGUGUGCUUUUUUGUGUCCUGCUUUAGAAUCUCCACUUUGUUUCUCAUUUGUAGUAAAUAUACUCUAUCCCCGAAACCACUGGUUCCGAAAUCUGAGUGUCGGGACCCCAACAACGGGUUACAAAGCUUCACAGAGAGGCCUUCUUGAUUUCAAUAGUUGUCAGACCACUUUAGAGGAACUUCACCCCAAAUUCCUCCUGUGGGGAUUGUCCACAGUAUUGCGUAUGUAAGUCGCUUUGGAUAAAAGCGUCUAACAAGUAACAUGUAAUGUAAUGUCUCAGGAUUUCAUUUACUGUUGUUGUGAAAACUAAAUUAUACAGUUAUUUAUCAAGUUGAUAUACAUACACUUAAAGAUAUCACAGGAUAAGGGAACGGUAAGACUUGAACACAAGCUGCUAUAUUUACAGAAGGUUCCCUCUCUGCUAAACAGCCAUGUACUGCAUUAGAAAAGUACACGUUUAAAACCUGUUUACCCCUGCAAUUCUUUUGUGCUAAUCCAUCUUGCUGCAUAAAACCAGAAAUGCCAAAGUAUUCCAAACUAUUGUGGUGAAUUCACAGGAACAGCACAACAUUCAAUUAAACCCAAUCAUGUCAUGCUGACAAAACAGCAUUGUUUAUUAUUAAAUGUAGAUGGAGGCAAAGAAAUAAAUAAAAAAAAUGUACUUUUUUAAAUCCAAGCUUUGUAGUGAGACCCAUUCAGCAGAGAACAGUAUCUUAAAUAUGUAGACAUCUUUAACACGUUCAUUUAGUUUGUGGUUUACAUUAAAACAGAUAAUUUGAUGAU